CUUUCUUGCUUCAAUGACAUACAUUUAUAUCCUGAAGUUCAACAAUGGACGUCAAAGAUGACACAAUGAAGAGUAAAAGUAAUCAUACCAGCAACAUCCCGGUACCUUCCUAUAGAGGUUUAAGGCGAAGCCAAGAGGAGCUGGAAGCAAAGGAGGAGGCACGAAAACAGAGGAGUUCCGCGAACGCUCAGUCUUUGGCGAAAUCCGUUUUGGAACAAGAUUUGGAAUCCAAAGCGGCUGCCGCGACGCCACCAGAAAAGCUCCGUCGAGGUCUUGGCCAGAGCCCACCUACACAAUUGCAAACGAAGGAGAGGACUGCCAGAGAACGGAGUGCCGCAGCUUCCAGAGUCCGACCCGAUCCCGAUGGCUCUCGUCUCCCGACAACAUGGGAUCGAGAGAAUGAAGAAGAAGACAAUGGAGAAGACAGUGACGAUGUCGUGAUGGAGGAUGCACGACAACGGCAGGAAGUCGAUUUCUCUUCGUCCCCCGGUACCGAGAUCCACACAGCCACUACGCCCCCCUUUGCACCAGUGGAUGCUUCUUCUUCCGAUGAAAUGGUCCAGUAUGGGGAAGCUGUAGGUAUGCUUGCUGAAGAAGCUGUGGUGCAAGAACCUCUGUUCCACACCACCGAGGGUCCUUUUCAAGGAACCACACGUGAGGCUGUCAAUGCCAAUACCGAAGCAGAAUCCAGCAUUCUGCCACUACCAUCACCUCAGGCUCCAUCUCCCCCUAAUGAGAGUCUUGUGGAAGCUAGGCCCGUUCCCGAGGAAGAAGAGCACCCCCCAGAAGGUCUCAUGGAAGCUCAACCGGUAGAUCUGGAACAAAAGGCAGCACAAAGAUCAGAGCACCGAAAACAGUUUCGCAACCGAGCUUUCGUAGGCGGUGCAUGCAUCAUCUUGGCGGUCGUAGUUGCAAUUGUACUCUGGCUUGUCUUGCGUCAGGACAAUCCACCCGUGCAAGUUGUGGCUCCUGCCGACAGCAAUACUUCUGCUCCAACCUUUCUCCAUGCGCGCCUUCUAGGUGGUCUAUUUUGUUCCUAG